AUGGCAAAACAUCCCAAAUCCGAGGAGCCCAAUGAAACAGGUUUUGCUUUGGUCAACGAGACAGACAAACCCAUCUACGAAUUUUUCUCCGAGCAUCCAGAGAAGGCGCACAGGUUCGCCAAUGUGAUGAGAGCACUGUCGAGUAGAAGCGACCUGGCUUUGAGACACACAGUGACGGGAUUUGACUGGGCAGCUUUCGGAAGUGGCACCAUCGUAGAUGUAGGAGGUUCGGAAGGAGAUAUGUGCAUCGCCAUCGCAAAUGCCUUUCCAGAUCUAUCAUUUGUGGUGCAAGAUCUAGCGCCGGUUGUUGAUCAUGGCAAGAAACGGCUGCCAGUCAAUCUUGCCCAAAGGGUAAAAUUCAUGGCGCACGACUUCCUGACCAAACAACCAAUCUGUAACGCCGAGGUGUACGUUCUCCGGUUGAUCUUGCACAAUUGGUCGGACAAGUACUGCGUUCGAAUAUUGCGAAAUCUCAUCCCGGCGCUCAAGCCAGGCGCGAGGAUUGUCGUUAUUGACAAUGUCGCUCCAGCCCCGGGAAGCAUCUCGAACUGGGCGGAAACGCGACUAAGAAACACGGAUUUGAUCCAGAAAGUCAUGCAAAAUUCUCACGAGCGUGAUCUAGGUGGAUGGGAAAGGGUAUUCAAGGCCGCCGAUCCGACAUUUGAGUUUCUUGAGGUAAGGCAGCCCGUAGGAUCUACCUUGUGGAUCAUUGUAGCCCAGUGGAGAUGA